ACCAUAGCUAAAAAUCUAAGUCCCUUUAACAUAAAAACCAGAUGAAGUCAUUAUAUAAGUAUAUGAAGACAUACAUCGUGUAAUGUAAGUGUAACUAAUUCUCAUCGUAUUAUUUUUUUUGUUCUUAAAUAUGUAAUUGUAUGCAGUAUGUAUAUCAGUAUAUUAUAUACAAUUUUUUUUUUUGUAUAAUAUUUUCGUAAAACUCUUUCAAAGUAGAACUGUUGGAACUUAGCAAAAAGGGUAAAAUGUGUGUUAUAUUCCCCGAAACUUGUACCUCAAAGACCCAAAAAGAGGCAUCAUGAAAAACGCUUGGGCGUUUAUUUUGGGCUACAUAAUGUAAGAUGCAACCAUGACGGACCAACCCAAAUAGCGACUAUAUGGGCCCACUUAAUGAAAAUCGAAGCAAAGGUUUCUAGCAUUUAGAACCUCUGGUUGGAAGCAAAGGUUCUAUCUUAUACGUAAAUCGUACAGGUAUUUUGGUCUCUUUUCCUGUCAGAAGGUGAAUUAGUGGAAGCAAUGGAUAGAAGAGACUUAAGGAAGAUGCUUAUAGAUCCAGGCUCGACGGAUUCAGUUGUACUUGAAGUGAAGGUAUGGCCUCAAGCCAUUCCUGAUAGAUCAUUUGAUUUGGUAGACGCAGCAGCGAAAGCUUUUCUCUGGUCAUGAAGGCAUAUUCUUGGGUGGAAAUUAGCAUUUGGUCGGUUGUGUAAAAGGUGCUUAUGAAACUGUUAACAAUUUUCAUUUUCGAGGUACGCUUACAAGUAAUAUAACGUAGCAACACUUUGAUAGGAAGUGAAGCUGUAGAUUGCACUUUUGACUUUAAGAAAACUCUGUUUUUAAUUUAUAUAUAUAUUACAAUAAAUUUUGGCCAAAAUAGCAGCAAAAAUACAACACAAAAGCAUGAGAGAUGGUUGAAUCUAGAACAAAUCGAUCAUAACUCUUGAAUCUUGAGGAUCUUCAUGAAGUGGUGAGAUCUUGAUCGUGUCGAGUGAUGUUGGUCUUAGAGCUUCAUGUUGCGUGUAAUGGGGAGAAGAUGAUGAUGAUGAUGUUGUGAGAAGCAUGGAGGAAGAAGGGAACUCGGGGUUUGUAGGGUGGAGGAUCUGUGUGAGCAGAAGCACAAUUGACGCCAUUAAUGAACUUUGAAGAAGCUUAUCUGUGUGGUUUGGGGUUUUUGGUAUGUUUUUUAAUAUUCCCAAGUGAUUUUGGUCUGUUAUAUAUAGAGAGAAACAGUGGGAGCCUCCUGUAAUAAAUCUAACGACCGUGGUUUUGUGUGCUUGAAAUCUAACGGACGAGAGAAUCCGGUAGACUGAUUCUUAAAAACUUUGGGUAGCAAGUGGUUUCUGGGCUUUGACUUUUAGCUCCCAUUUAUUUCUCGCCCACAUAAACUAGCUGUUCCACCUAGCAAAAUAGAAGUACAUUAAAUUACAUCAAGAAUUUCUUGAAUGCUGACAAAAAAAAAGAAUUUAUUGAACAACAAAAAGCUACAUAUAAUUUUUAUGUAGUAACAAAAUAUCAAAUACAUAUAAAGAAAAACAUGAAUAUAAUAAAUACAAAUAGUGGAUGUCUGUUAGGAGGGUUUCAGAUAAUUUUAGUUUUAGGCUUUUAGUUUAGCAUCAAGAAAAGUAGAAUACCAUGGGAAUAACUUCCUCCAAAUAAAUCUUGUAGUAGGUAUUGGUUGGGCAAACCAAAACCAGACCACAUUAAAUUCAAAGACAACCCAUAGAAAAAAAGUUUUGAAUCAAAUCCCUCAUAUGCGUGGGGUCAGGUCAAUGCAUGCACACACGUUGACUUUGGCUUCUUCAAAGUCAAUAACUUGGGUCAACCAUGUUACUCGUUUAUUCAAAGGGCCUCUGCUUUUCAUACUCCAUAUAGGCCCAGUUUCUACAUUUAACAGCCCAGCAUAUAUCUCUCAUGAAACCCAUACGGAUCCUAAAUGACAUGUAAGCUGAUGUCUUAUGUCUUCAAAACUACAUGCCGUUUAAACAAGCUUAAAGUUUGUCCUUAAACCCCUACUACCACCAUCAUUGUUUGGUAAUGCCGUCCAAGUAAGCGAGGAGGUCUAAGCGUUGCUUGAAACGGUUUGUCCUUCACUUAAUCUGCAUUAAUUUGGUUUAGUAUUAUGUCUCUUAAAUGAACUUAAGCUUAUUGGUUCUACUAAGUUAAGCUUUUGACAAAGUUGUGGGUUAACAUAAGAGAAGAUCUCAAAAGGCCUUAAGUUAACCUGUAUAUUUUGUUAAUAAUCGCUACAUGAACAUUGUGUAUUAGACAUGUGUCUCGUUUACGAGCUCAAGUUUUAUUAUUUCAAGGGAGAGAACUUGGCUAAAAAAUUCAGCUUUUGACUUAAAUUUUUUUUUUAGUUUAACAAAUUUUCGAAUGUCAACCAAUAAAUUGUUGUUUAUCCAAAUCCAAUAACCGACUACUGCCAAAAAUAAAAUAAUAAAUUUGUUAAUUCUUGAACAUCAACCUCAUGACCAUGAUCCAUGUUAUAGUUAGUGCAUCCAACAAAGUCAGGAAAAUAUAUAUUUUUAGAUUUAUCUCCUAAACAAUUCAAACAAAGAAACCUGUUAAUUAUCCACAAGAGAUAACUUGAAAAAAGUUGAUUAGAAGGAAAGGUUACAGUUUGUGUAUUUACAAUUUUAGUAAUUUUUAAGUUUCUUUUAAAACUGCAUAUCCGUCUGAAAUCUAUUAUUAUACAAACCAGAUCACUAAUACAUAAUUGAGAAUCAGACAAUAUCCAAAUGUGACUGGUGAAAAAAACAAGAGACAAUUAGAGCAAAUCACUAAAAAGAAACAAAAGAAAUGAAAAGAAAAAAACCGCGUACAAGCUGGCACGUUCUGUAUCUGGUCAUAACAGUCACUUUUCAAUUCGUUCGGCGACACAAACAAUCCAAAACUAAAAAAAAAAAACAUUCUUUAGUUUUUCUGUUUAUAUAAACAACAAAAGCAAACUGAUAUCUUUGGGAAAUUUAAUUUGGGAUACGCAAUCUAUUCAUUCAUCCUCAAAGAACCCUAAUUCAAGGGGAAGUAAAGUGCUGAAUCAGCUUUGCUUUUGUGGGAGUUUAAGUAGCUUUUUUUUUAAAAGACAGUAGAAUGGACCGAUUGGUUUCGGGGGAACAAGAUUUUGAAGUAGACAUUGAAGCUGGUCUAGCUCAUGUUACGCAAGAAUCCACUUCAGACAAUGCCUCUGAAACGAUUGAUGAUGACGUAAACUAUCCGUUAAUGGGAGACGAGGAGAACCCGACAGAAACAAACAGUCAGAAGUUAGACGUUUCUGAGAGAAAACGCGAUGUUGUAAAGUUCAAGAAACCAAGAAAGGCUUCAAAGCCACCUAGACCUCCAAAACGCCCUUCUUUGACUGCGAGUGACCAUAAGGUGAUGAGGGAAAUAGCAGAGCUCGCUAUGAGAAAGCGUGAAAGGAUUGAAAGGAUGAAAAGAUCUCUAAGAAGAAUCAAAGCAGCCAAGUCAUCAUCAUCAUCAUCGUUUUCAUGCAUAAGCAUCUUCUCGAUGAUAGUAACGGUUCUGUUCCUCGGUAUUCUUGUCUCUCAAGGCUUCUUUGCUGGCAAUUCGAAUCUGAGUUCAGACAUCUCGCCUGCACCAAUUGUUUCACCUGACAACCAAUUGGUUUCGGCUCAGUUAUACAAUGAUCCUAGCCCUACCACCUCAUACAGUUUCAAAUACAUGAGGAAGCGAAUUUCGGGUGCCGAAGAAGGAGAAGACUCAAGAGAUGUUACCAGAUGAGUUGAUAUGUGUUUUGGUCUUUGAUAUCAACUCAAUCUGUUAACUCUUUUUGGUUCAAGUUUUGUUCUCUUUGUAUAUUUUCUGUUGUUUUGGUGACUCGAGGUGUAAACGACCGCGUUUUAUAAUAAAUGAUGAUCUGAAAUUGAACCAUGACUAGCCGGGUCUGUUUUUGAAUUAUGUGGAAUAUAUUAGUGAUUGUGGGCCACGUGAAAUUACGUGGUUGGGUUAUUAUCAAAGGAAAAUUGAUGAAAAACAUAUUUUAUGUUA